UUUAUGACUAACGUAAUGGAAUAUUCAGGUGUUCCAGAGGUGUUUCCACGGGUCUUUGUGAUUGGUGCUCGGGGACGUUGUGGCAGAGGUGCAGUGGAGAUGGCUCACAAAAUGGGUGUUCCAAAGUCAAACAUAACAGAGUGGAACACUGCAGAGACUAAAGGAAAAGGACCCUUUGCAGAGAUUUUGGAGUGUGAUAUCUUUGUUAACUGCAUUCUUCUCAAGGAGGAAAUUCCUCCAUUCUUGACUAAGGAGAUGCUGGACACGGAUGAAAGAUCACUGAGUAUUGUGGUAGAUGUCAGCUGUGACCCAAACAGUCCUAACAACCCGCUACCUUUCUACGAUGCGUGCACAUCAUUUAAGCAGCCGUCUGUUAGAGUCAGUCUCCCGAAGUCGUCUAAGCCAUUAGAUGUUGUUGCCAUUGACCAUUUACCAUCCCUUCUACCGAGAGAGAGCAGCACAAGAUUUGCAAAUGAUUCGACGCCGCAUUUGCUCAAGUUAGAUCAGGUUGAUAGCUACUGUGUGUGGGUGAAUGCUAAAAACAUGUUUGACCUGAAAGCAGCUGAAGCAGAGGAUUCCCUCUCACGAUCUGGAAACAAAGCCAUUUUUGAAAGUGGUCAAUGCGGACCAGGUGUCACUACUAUUUUUCCUGAAGAUGCACCAUGGAAAAUUUCUGGGCGCUCUUCAUGUAAAGUGAUUUUGUUGAAGUUCUACGGCGCGGUUUUUCGAACUAGAUUAACUUUGGAAAACAUGGUGGAGCACGAAGACUGUCCUAAUUCGGUCCUUGCCUCACUUUAUCAAUUCAUGAUGGUUGUUCACCUGUGGUUGCGAUCAGAACCGAAAGCGAAUGAACGCCGAUCGGCGCUCUCGCCUGAGAGAUGUAAAGAUCUUUUGUCAGCAGGAUUUAAAGUUACUGUGGAAUGUUCCAGAGACAGGGUUUUUAAAGAUGAAGAGUUUGCGAGGAUCAGUGGAGUGGAUAUGGUUCCUGAAGGAUCCUGGGUAGAUGCUCCAAAAGAGGCUUUUAUCCUAGGAAUUAAGGAGUUGGCAAAAUCCUUGGCUCCAAUACCUCACACACAUAUCUACUUUGCCCAUGCUUACGAUAACCAGAAUGGUUGGGCUGAAGUUCUUAAUCGCUUUAUCAAGGGUGGUGGAAGGAUACUUGAUGUGGAGUAUAUGACAGAUGAAUAUGACAGACGAGUAGCAGCAGCUUUUCCUCCUUUAGCUGGUUUUGCAGGAAUGGCUGUUGGUAUUAGUGCUUGGUGUCAUCAACAAAUGAGCCCUCAGACUCCCAUGCCAGCUAUAAAGCCUUAUGGCCAGGGGUCACUUUUAAUAGAAGAUCUGAAGACACAGCUCCAGGAUGCUGCCAAGGCUAGAGGACUUUCUGAGUGCUAUCCUUGUGUGAUAAUCAUUGGUGCAUUAGGGCGCUGUGGCAAAGGAGCCAUAGAUUUGGCACAGAAAGUAGGCCUACCAAGCUCAUGUAUUGCCAAAUGGGACACGAAAGAGACACAGCAAGGUGGACCUUUUGAGGAAAUCCUACAGUAUGACAUCUUUGUCAACUGUAUCAACUUAAUGAAGAAAAUUCCACCAUUUAUGACAAGGAAGGUGCUGGACACCGACCAGAGGAAACUGUCUGUGAUAGUUGAUGUGAGCUGUGAUGUUACAAAUCCAAACAAUCCUUUACCAUUCUGUGAAUCGGUGACCUCGCUUCAACAACCCUGCAAGACUCUACAGUUAAGUAACUCUACAACACCUUUGGAUAUUGUGGCCAUAGACAACCUUCCUUCAUUGCUUCCACGAGAAAGCAGUAUUCAGUUUGCUAAUAGUAUCAUGCCCUAUUUACUCAAGCUUCCAGAGGUGGACACUCACCCAGUGUGGGUUCGUGCUGGGAAAAAGUUUGAGGAAAAAGCUGCAGAAGUCCUUUAUCACAAUGUCAAGUGUUAACUUUUCCUCAAGUAUUCGAUUAUUGGUAGUUUUGGACUAGUGGCUAAGAAAUCGAUAAUAUGGUUGCUACCAGUCUGAAAGGUUACUUAUGAGAUAGAUUUUACAGCAUUUGUAUUUUCAAAAAUUCAGUUUUUUGUUGUUGCCUUUAAUUUUUGUGAGACUUUAAACCCUAUGAGAGACCGGCAACUAAUUUCUGCUUACAUUAUCACCCCUGAAUGAGAUAUAAAGGUAACUGAACAGAGGAAAUGAUCACUUACUAAAGAAGCUCUUGAUUGUUAAAUAAUUCUCCUUGAGAGCAUCUUAGGAAAUGUAUAGAGAACAGCACAGAGAAUAUGAAUACUGAUUGUAAAGGCUUAGAGAGUUAAGCAUAGGUAUCUUUAAGUAGUAGGAUGGGCAAAGAAAUUAGUAAUACAGGGAAAACUGAAUGCUGCAUUCUCAGUUAGAUGGAAGGGCUACACUUCACAAAAAGGGAUCAGUUACACAUUUAACAAAAACAGAUUCUUGGUAUUUUCAAAUAUUUCUUUCUUGGAAAAUGUGACCACUACCAGUAAUUGCAUUCGAGAAAAGUUUUAAUAUAUUGUUGAUCCUGAAAUGAAUUAAGUUGUACAGUGCAUGCGUGGGAAACAGGAUAAUUAGUAUUGUAAUGAUUCAAAAUUAUCUGGCGGGAAAUCGAGUAUCACAAUCUGUCCACUCCAAUAAAUCAGUUUGUUUAUCUUUGUUAGGAAGAACUUUCUAGCCAAUCAACUUGCGUUUUGAUAAAAGUGUGUUCUUGAGAUAAGAAAAUCAUUGUGAGUAGUUUUUCCGUCAGUCAGAGACUUCCCAUAACGUUGUUCUGCCUGCUUUUUUGAGAAAUAAAUUCUGGAAGCUAGUGACAGUGUGGGCUCCUCACUAAUUCCCCACACAUGUUUGAUUCCAAUAUCUACAUAAUUGAUUAUAAAAUCCACUUAAAGAUUUGACAAGAGAUUUUAAUUUUUUUUUCUUGAAAGGAAUCAUGAAAAGCAUUUGGGAAUGAUCCAAAGAUAAUUAACUUGAACUUCGGUUUUAUUGUAGUGAGUGUUACUUUAUCACCAUUAAGGAAGUAUGUGGUUUCAAACUUGUCUAAUUAAAUUAAAUAAUACCUGUGUGCUUCAUUUUCCAAUUAUGCACUUUGAUGAGGUGAAUACAGGUAUUAAUAAAACAUUUAAAAAUAA